UUCGUCGUCUUCUCUCCUUACAGCUUUCUCUCUCUAAACCUUCCUUCUGCUCGCUCAGCUGCUUCGCCUUUUCGCUCUGUGAUUCUCCAAGGUUAGGGUUUAUCUCUCUAUCUCUACCGAAAUCUCUCUUCGUCGGCGAUCUCUGCUACUCCACUAGCCUCUGCAGCUCCCCAGCUGGUGCUUCACCGGAGUGAAGAAGCUUUUUCAGUAGAGCAAUGGAGGAUGAUGCAAAUGCUACCAAGAAUGAGGAAGAGGAAUUCAACACAGGCCCACUCUCUGUAUUGAUGAUGAGUGUUAAGAGCAAUACUCAGGUGCUGAUUAACUGCAGGAACAACCGGAAGCUUUUGGGACGUGUGAGGGCUUUUGAUCGUCACUGCAACAUGGUUCUUGAGAAUGUUCGGGAGAUGUGGACCGAGGUACCUAAAACUGGAAAGGGCAAGAAGAAAGCACUCCCCGUGAACAAAGAUAGGUUCAUAAGCAAGAUGUUCCUACGAGGAGAUUCUGUUAUCAUCGUACUUAGGAACCCGAAGUGACUUGCAAGCGAUCUCCCUUAUCUUUUAAUUCGAUGAGUAGAUGUUUAGAUACUGAGACUUUUGUUGCUCGAGGAUCUGCAGUAGGCUUUUACCUUAUUGUGAGUUAACUCUGUACCUGCUUAAUAUGGUCGGAUCAUAUUAUACUACCUAGUAAAGAUGUAGUAUUUGCCUUGUUUUACUAUGGCUUAAUGUACAUCUUCUGUCUUGUUAUUGUCU